CAUCCCAUCCCAUCCCAUCCCCUCCCCUCCCAUGACCAACCCCACAGGUUCAACCAGUUCUAUUCCCUACUCUGACUGCUGCAUCCCUCUGCUCCCCCAAGCCUCCAGUCCGCCUAGCGUGCGGCCCAAGCAGCCACCCUGGCAACACUCGCGCGCCACCAGCUGCACGGCGCUGCUUCGCCAUCCUCACUGCUAGCCGUCACCUGCGGCGGCAGUGCACGGUCUGGCGGCUGCUGCUUCGGCUGGAUACCCGACAUGCGCUUCUGCUUCGGAGAGGGCGACGGCAACAGCGAUGUUUCGGCCCCGGAGCCCAUCGGAUCAGUCCCCGCGAGGCCGCCUGUGAGGGAGCAGUUUCCGGAGCCCAAGGCGUGGGAGCCAACUCUUGAAGAGUUUCUCAACAUUGCGCCGCUGGAAAGCGAGUCGGGCAACGCGCAGCUCGCAUCAGCAAAGAGGACCCGGAGAGCGAGGGUCGUGCGCCGUUCGUGGGGCGGCGGCGCGGGCGACGAGGGCCGGGCGGCGUUCUUCGACUGCAUCGCAGGGGAUGGCCAAAGAAAUCGAGACGGUGACGUGUCAGCAGCAGCGGAAAAGGAGGGAAACGGUGACGGCGAAGCUACCACAGCGAAACCUGCACCCGCCAUGAAAACGGCGUCUAUAUCCCUAGCGAGAGUCGUGCCAGCAGGUUCCCAGCCAUCCCCGCCUCGUUCCUCGGUCUGCCUAGCCUCGGUCAUCUCCUCCUCAGCUCCAUCCAAAGCCGCCAUACCGGCGACGACCAGCGCAGCGGGGGUCGCUGUUCCGACCGGCGGCUUCCGCUCAAGCUCCACCUCUGCGCAGGGCGCGGAGGAGCCUCCCCCGAGGAGCGCGAGCAACGGCCGCGGAGCGACCGUCCGGGUGGUGUCGUCUGCGGCUGGCGGCGGCGCCUUUGGCGGCGGCGGCGGCUUUGGUGGCGGCGGUGGUGCUUCCAGCGGCAUGAGGCUGUUCGCGACUGGGGGAGCAGCAGCCGCUGGGCCGUACUCGUCAUUGUCGUACUCGACUUCUUCCAGAGGCCUUGCGUCGCAGCUAGGGAUGCAGCGGAGUGUGUCGACGGGGUGUCUGGUCAGCUUUGGCCGUCCAGCGCCAGCCAGCGUUGCCGGAACCGUGAUCGGUGGGAUGGUGGCAGUGAGAGCCGGGGAAGUGGGGGUGGGGGGGGGGACGCUGCUAUCUCCGCCUCCGUUUCUGCCAGCGUCACUGUCUGGGCAGUUGUAAAGUGGCUUCUCACGACGAGCCUCGGAUGUUAUUACUGGGAUCAACAGGUUUCGUUAGCUGCUUAUCUCAUGGUCUCGUGACAUCACUUGUGCUUGGUUACUUCUCCCAACCUCCGAUGGUUCUUGUCCUAUGAUUUCUGGUUUGUUUUGGUUGGAAAGUUGGCAAUACCACAGCGUAAGCGCGUGCGCGUCUUGGUUGUUUGACUGGGCAUCAUGUUGCUCUUGUGGUGAUGGGAGACAGCCCUUCCCCCUUAUCUUGCGAUCUUUCAUCGAGCUGAUCUUUCAUCUAGCUGCUACCGAGGUAUUCCCAUUUCGUAGAAACCGAGAAAGCAGCAUUC